AUGAGCGCCGGCGCCUGGGAUUACCCGGCCAACACCCGUGGCUACACCAAUGGCCUUGUACUGGAAUUAAGAAAACCUUUAUGGGCCUUGCGCAGCGCUGUAGUGCAGGUGCCUGAGUCGGCCAAUGGACAGCAACUGGACAGCAAACUCAGCGGCGCUUUUGGUACUGUGCUGGAAGCUGAGAAGACUUUUGUCAUCAAUGACACUAAAAACAUAGUAGCCCGGCUGGGUGGUUUCUAUAAUAAAGCCCGCAUGGGCAAUUACCUGGAAGCCAUCGAUAUUGGCAUUGCACAGUUUACCGCACCCGAUGUAAGCAGUACACGGAAAUACAGUCGUGAUAAAAAAGGAUUCUACCUGAAUACAGCAUUCAACACAGAAAAAGGCGGUGCAUUUCUUCGCUAUAGCCGCAAUGAUGGCAACAAUGAGACAUGGGCUUUUACUGAAAUAGACGGGAGCUUCUGUGCAGGUGUUUCUUUUAAUGGCACUGGAUGGAAAAGACCUUCAGAUAAAUGGGGAUUGGCGUAUGUGGAUAAUAGCCUGGCCAAAUACCACCGCGCUUACCUGCAGCAGAAAGGCUAUGGCUUUAUCAUAGGCGAUGGCAAUCUUACUUACGGCACAGAAGACAUCGUGGAACUUUUCUAUAGUUACCAUAUUACUGCGCUGCACCUGUUUAUAAGUCCGGACUACCAGUUUGUCCUGCAUCCUGCGUAUAACAAAGACCGGGGACCGGUCCAUGUGCUGGCAUUGCGCAUGCACCUGGCUAUCUGA